AUGGAUGGUUGGUGGGAUAUUGAAAAGCUGAGAAGCGUGCUCCCUGAAGAGUGGGUGCAGAAAAUUAUUGGUUGCCCUACUGACUUUGGGGGUACUAUGGAGGAUUGUCAAAUUUGGCAAACUACUUCUAAUGGUCUUUUUUCUAUCAAGUCUGCUUAUAACUUGCUCUUUUCAGGGAUGGAGUGGUUGAACCCCUAG